AUGUCGUCGACGACGACAACGACGACGACGGGGCUCCAGCCCAUGACGGCCGAGACGAUCCUCCGGCUCUUCCCCGAUAUCGACACCAACAACGACGUGCUCUCCGGCUACGACGAGGAGCAGAUUCGGCUGAUGGACGAGGUUUGCAUCGUCACGGACGAGAACGAUGCACCGGUCGGAAAGGCCAGCAAGAAGACUUGCCACCUCAUGACCAACAUCAACAAGGGCCUCCUCCACCGCGCCUUUUCCGUCUUUCUCUUCAACGACAAGAACGAGCUCCUCCUCCAGCAGCGUGCGAGCGAGAAGAUUACCUUUCCCGACAUGUGGACCAACACGUGCUGCUCGCACCCGCUGGCCGUCUCGGGCGAGACGGGCUCGACACUCCCCGACGCCGUCGAGGGGGCCAAGCGUGCGGCCCAGCGCAAGCUGAACCACGAGCUCGGCAUCAAGAAGGAGCAGGUGCCGAUGGAAAAGUUUCGCUUCCUCACGCGCAUCCACUACAAGGCUCCCAGCGAUGGCAAGUGGGGAGAGCAUGAAGUCGACUACAUCCUGUUCAUCAAGGCAAACGUCGACCUCGAACCCAACGAGAACGAGGUCCAGGCUACGCAGUACGUUAGCGCCGACAAGCUCAAGCAGCUUUUCGGGAACCCCAGCCUCAAAUUCACGCCCUGGUUCAAGCUCAUCUGCAACUCGAUGCUGUUCGAGUGGUGGGAGCACCUCGACGAGGGCCUCGAAAAGUACACCAACGAACAGGAAAUCCGCCGCAUGCUGUAG